GCUUCUUGCUCGCACGGCUCGAAUCGCAUGUCGCACACGUUCGUUCGUCUCGUCGCGUCGCGUAAAUAAAACAACAACAACAAAAACUAAAACAAGCGUAACAACGAUCGUUGCAACAAUUUUAAUGUGUCUCAAGUGAAUUACUUUUCACACCUUUGGAAAACAGCCGAGAAAAAAAGAAAACAGAGGCGCGCGCUUGUUCGCCAUUUGCGCAUAUCAAGUCCAAGUGCCUUUUCACCAAACAAAGGUGUGGCCUAAAGUCGAAGCAAAACACUUGAGUUAAAAAACAAAAAAAAAAAUGCAGCGCGCUCAACUGGCAACUGCUAUUACACUAUGUUCUAUAUAAAUUAGACGGGCAACGAAAUUGAAAAAGCAACACACACACACACACAUGCAAAGCACACUGUAUGGCUGUGUGUGUGUGCGCGCGCGUGUGUGUGUUUUGUCUAUUUGCUGUGCAUGCUUCACGCUCGCCUAAAGUUCUAAAAGUCAAGUGCAAUUUAGCCCCAACAACAACAACAACAAUUGCUAACAGACUCUACUCAAGUGACGUUUUAUUGGCGCAAGGUGAAAAAACAACAACAACAGCAACAAAUGUUAAAUACGACAAAAAUAUUUUACAAACAACUUAAAUGAUUUUUGUCGUCUCAGUGCGCCGCAGUGCAAAUUCGCCAACAACUAACAAAGUUUACUUAACAACAACAACUAUAAGUUUGGAUUAGCGGCUGCAGUUCAAAGCCAACAAUUUGUUGAUAAGCAUCUCAGCGCUGCGCUCAGCUCUCAUCCCUAUAAAAUGAUGAAUCAGGACAAUCCGUAUGCGAUGAAUCAGACGUGCAAGGUCUGUGGCGAGCCGGCGGCUGGAUUUCAUUUCGGCGCAUUCACCUGCGAGGGCUGCAAGUCCUUCUUUGGUCGCUCCUACAACAAUUUGUCCUCGAUUUCGGACUGCAAGAACAACGGCGAGUGCAUCAUUAACAAAAAGAAUCGCACUGCCUGCAAGGCCUGCAGGCUGAAGAAGUGCCUCAUGGUGGGCAUGAGCAAGAGCGGCUCACGCUAUGGACGUCGCUCCAACUGGUUCAAGAUUCACUGUCUGCUGCAGGAGCAGCAGCAGCAAGCGGUGGCCGCCAUGGCGGCGCAUCAUCAGCAGGCGGGCGGGCCGCCAGGUGGCGCCACUGCCAAUGGCUGCAUGAAAUCGAUGGCGGCGCCUUCCUCAGCGGCAGCGGCUACAGCGCUGGGCAUGCUGGGACAUGCCACUGGCGGCUAUGCGGGAUUAUAUGGCGGCGGUCCAGCGCGCAGCAAGGAGGAGCUUAUGAUGCUGGGCCUGGAUGCGGCUGCAUAUGAUGCAGGCAUUAAGCAUCCCUCGCUGGUCGCAUCACCAUCGGUCAGCUCACCCGAUUCACACAACUCGGACAGCUCCGUUGAGGUGAGCAGCAAGCAGGCGACGGAUGCAGCGGGCGCUGCGCCCGGACGACCGCCGCAUCUGCGCAAGGAGCUCACAACGUUUUUGCCUUUGCCCUUUCCUGGUCUGGGCUCCAUGCCUGUGAUGCCGCCGCCUGCAUUUCUGCCGCCCUCGCAUUUACUCUUCCCUGGCUAUCAUCCUGCGCUCUAUACGCAUCAUCAGGGACUGCUAAAGCCCACGCCGGAGCAGCAGCAGCAGCAGGCGGCAGUGGCGGCGGCUGCUGUGCAGCAUUUAUUCAACUCCAGCAAUGCAGCAGCAGCAAGUGGGCAACGCUAUGCGCCACAGCUGAGUCCCAAUCACAACAACAACAGCAGCCAACAGUCAACAGAGCUUAGCAAGCGUUUCUAUUUGGAUGCAGUGCUUAAGUCACAGCAGGCGCCGUCGCCGCUGGCAACAAAGCUGAGCACAAGCAAACAAGAUUACUCCAUAUCGGCGCUAGUGACGCCCAAUUCGGAAAGUGGACGCGAGCGCGUGAAGAGCAGACAAAGCAAUGGCGAGCUGGAGGAGGAGGAGCAGCAGCAGCAGGAGGAGCAGCAGCAGGCAGCGCAGCAAGCGAAUGAAGAAGAAGAAGAAGAUUUGGUAGUGUCCAUGACGCCGCCUUGUUCACCAGCUACAGAGCAGCAAGCGCCGACGCCGGCACAUCAAGACAAUCCCAUUGAUCUAAGCAUGAAGACCACAGGCAGCAACAGCAGCAGUCAAAGCCACAGACGUCGACGUAGCAGCAGCAGCAACAGCGACGACGACGACGGCAGCGACGCCGGCAGCAGCAGCAGCCAAGCUGAAGCUCAAAGCGAGCAGCAAGAGCAGCCGCUGCAUAUAACAACAGCUGAGGAUUCAGCUGAAGCGCACAACAACAAUAACAACAACAAUAUUAACAACAACAACAACAAUAGCAACAAAAGUGAUAAUGAGCCCAGCAGCGAAAGCAUCAAACGCAAACUCAACGCGCUGCUGCAAGAAAGUUCAAGCCAAAAGCGUCAGCGCUUAGAGCAAUGUGCCACGCCCACAAAGGCGCAUGCUGCAGCGCUUGAUUUAACCAACAAAGUUUGAAUGUCGCUCUCUCUCGCUCUCGCUCUCGCUCUCUCUGCGCUAUUGCCAAAUAAAAUUCUUUUAAACGUGGCUUGUGCCAUUUGCUUGCGAUGUUAUCACAUCGUUUAAAAUAACUAACGAAAUGGCAAAUAUAAAACAAUAAAACAAAAAGAAAACAAUAACAAAUUAGCAU